UUCUCUUCUCUUCUUCUUGAUUCAAUAUCGCUAGAGAUCAAUGAUUUUCAGUACAUAUUUUCUUGGUUUUCUUACUACUUUGAAAAUUUUGAUUGUCUCUGUAAUACCGAUGAAAUGAGGUUUUUGUCAUCAAAUUCGGUCGGAAGAUGUGAUCUGAUUUCAGCAUCCCAUGCAUGCAACAUUUGGCACUUUUAGCAAUUUUUGUUCAUCUCUCCAUUUUUGAUCUCGAGGCAUGCUUUCCCCACAAAACCUUUUCUGUUUCUUCCUUAUUCCUAAAUUUUAAUCUAAACCUUUUUGAGAGAGUUUUGGAAGAUUCAAAAACUCAAAACCCCACCAGCAUUUCUCAUUUGUAAAAGAAAACAUAAUCCCAGUCGAAAGCUUCUUUCUCAUGAUUUAUCAGGAGGUGCCCAAAUUAACGCGCACCUCAUGCUCUUUCGCAGGGUAAGGUUUCUUCUGGUGCAUAUAGCCAAGUGCUUCAGCCCAAAUGGCGACGAAGGUGAAGGGUCUUUUGAAAGGCCUAAGAUAUAUUUCACAAAUAUUUGAUGAGAAAGAACAGGACAUGCAAAUUGGUUAUCCCACUGAUGUAAAGCAUGUUGCGCACAUUGGAUGGGACGGCCCCUCUGCCAAUACGCCGAGCUGGAUGAGAGAGUUUGAAUCUUCAGGGGAAGUUUCAUCCAGGUCUUUGGACUCUUUUGGAGAAGAUAAAUUAUCAUCCAAAGAUAUAAAAAAAACUGGCACUGGAAUUGAAGAAUCCCUGCUACGACAUGCUAAAUCAACCGGAACUGACUCAUCUGCUAACUCCUCUCAAUGGAGUUGUGAUGCACCAAAGCACUCCAGGCGCCACCACUCGACGGAUGUGUCAUCAGAUUCCCCUAAUCGAGAUUCAUCAGGCAGUUCACGACACGCAAGACGGAGCAGACAUAUGAAACUUGGAAAUGACUCGCUAACACCAGAUCUACCUACUGUCCCCAAACAAUCUCGCCGUAGGAAGUCAAAGGGGUCAUCUGGUGGUGGUUCAUCAAAGUCACAGAGGCCAAAAGACCAUAAUGCUUCACCUGACAUCCCUUUCAUAGAUAUGGGAUCCGGUUCUGGAUCUGUGUAAGACUGAAAAACAUUUAGAAACGCCUAAAUUAGAUUUUGGAAGAGUAGAGGGUUUGAUGGGAACUCAAGAGGGAAAGUGUGAUUUGUGUAAGUUAGAGGUUUUAACCUGAUCUUCUAGUUGAAGAUGUGACUCAAAUGAUCUUAUUUGUCAUUAUAUUCUUCUUUGGAUUUUUG